UUUCAAUGCCACGUGUGGCGGUUGGGAAGCGUCCUUUGUGUGGCCCGCUGGGCGGGGAAGGGAACUUGCCAUCAUGGCUGCGUUACUUCAUGAAAAGAGGAAGAUAUUAUGAGAAAAAAGCUGCAUGGGUCUCACGAUGCACUGGAAGGCAGACAAAGCAUGGACACAAUGGUGGACCCAACGGGCAGGCUGGGAGAGUGCUUUGACCUCAAGAACAUGCUGGACAAAAGGUGCUUUUUCAAACUGCUGAUGAUGUCCUCCAGCAGUGGUGCUUUCAUCAUCACUUCCAAGAAGGUGUUGUCAAGGGAUGCCAGACUGCCUGAGAGGAAAGCUGUCGUCAGCUGCAUCUACACCAGUGACUCGCCUGUCCACCCGCACCGCUCCCAGUCAGAUGAGCAUGAACAGGAUCUCUGAGUUUCUGAGGAUAAUGAGGCAGGGAGUCAGCCAGAGGAGGAAGUGAGAGGCAGGGGUCCUCUUCGGCCUGGCCAAUGUUCGGACUUCCACAGCCAGAGGGGGAAGUGAGAGGCAGGGGUCCUCUUUGGCCUGGCCAAUGUUCAGACUUCCACAGCCAGAGGGGGAAGUGAGAGGCAAGGGGUCCUCUUCGGCCUGGCCAAUGUUCAGACUUCCACAGCCAGAGGGGGAAGUGAGAGGCAGGGGUCCUCUUCGGCCUGGCCAAUGUCCAGACUUCCACCUUGCAAUGGCAGAUUGAGAGGCACACCCAGUCCUGCCAGGCAAGGAUCUACUGCCUGCUGGGGAUCAGUCAUGACCACCACCACCACCAUUACUACUUGAAAGAUGAUUCAACUUGGGAACAUGCUUCAGGUGUUGCUCCACUGGGAAUGUGAAACAGUGAUGGGGAUGAGGAGGACCCCAGUGAGAGUGUGGACAGCCACCCUGAGCCCCACAGCCUGCAGGGGACUGGGCUAUCCUUCUGGUCAAGUUCUGUCUAAUGUCUGAUGGCCUCAUGUCACAGCAGAAAUUGUUGGUCUGGUCAUCCCAACCACAGCCCCUCAUACUGCUGCUACUGCUCCCAUCCGUACAACACUGCUGGCCACACACACAAUCACAUGCUGCAAUUUGUACCCCUACUUGUCUUAAUAUUAUUAUUUCUAUUUUAUUAAAUUAUUUUUAAGCUCUGGGCAAAACUAGAGUAGGAAUGGUAUAGAAAGUACACUCAUUUUAACUUUCUUGCUACCUAAAAGGUCACUUUCCUUUUUUUUUUUCCCUUUUUACCAUAGGACUACUGGACUAAGAAUCACCACCUAACCCAACUUAACCUAACCAAACUAACUUAACCUGAUCUAACCUAAUGAAAUAAGCUUAACCUGGUAAAUUCAUAUAAAUGCACCUAACAUUUUCAGAUGAAACUACAUUUCUCAGGUAGAUUUUGAUGUGCUUUGGAUGAAUCCAGUAACCAUUUCUGCAACAAAUCAAAGUUUUUUUGUAUACACCCCCAUACACACACAAUGAUUUGCAACAAAAACAAACAAAGACUACUCCAAAAACACCAAAGUCUAUCAGAAAAAUGUGGUUUCAUUUUCAAAGCUAACCUGCCUUAAUGAUAAAUUCUUAAUGAACAAUUUGUGGCGGUAAACAUGUACACCAUGUUAUAUGUGACCUAAGUGUUUCACCGUGAACAAUGUUUUUUUUGGCCAUGAGACGGGUGCAGUUAUAUAUUACCCUAAACCUAAUGUAACCAAACAAACUUAACCAAACAUGACCAAACUAACCUAAUCUAAUGAAAAUAGGAUAUAAAGACAGAGACUAACAGACAGCACACCAGACACACAUUCAAAAUACUCCAAAACACACUCAAAACACCCAUAAAUAUAACAAAACCCAUCCAAAAACAAACUUAAAACAUCCAGAACACCACACAACACCUGAAUAUAUCCAAAAAAGGUCACCCAAGCACACCCAAAACACACUUUAACAUCAAAAACACUCAAAACACCCCUCAUCACUUCAAAAUACAAAAAAAGAAAUUCACCCAGACACACCCAAAUCAUACUAGAAACAUUCAAAACACCCUGGAAUACCCACACCCAACACAACCAAAACACAUCUAAAAUAUCCUAGAAUACUCACAAAACUCAACCAAACACAUUCAGAAAAUUCUCAUCACUCCAAACUACUCACAGAACAUCCAAAGCACACCUAAAACACAUUCACGCACACCAAAAACACCCAUACCACCACAAAAUACACCCAAAACACAUUAAAAUACAUCCAAGACUCCACACACACCAUAACUCACCCAAAACACUUAAAAAACACCCAAAAUAAACUCUCAACACUUCAAUAUACCCUCAAACACACCCAAAACACUCCGCAAUAUACUCAAUACACCCAACACAUUUAAAACACCCAGAAAACAUGAAAUAUUAAAGAAAAAGGCACCGCAGGAAGGGUAACUAAGCUAAACAUUGUCUUCUUGGUAUUCACCUGUUAUGCCUUCUUCUCCUCCUCCUCCUCCAUUUCUCUUAUCUUUCUCCUACUACUACUACCUACACACCUGAGUUUGCAAACUGCUGGAAACACCUAAAAAAAUGAAAAUUACGGUAAAUAUUGACGAGGAGACACUGGAGCAGAGAUUCCCUUGUCGUUGAUGACGUCACAGGCGAGCUCCCGCCGGCUCGCUAGGUUACGUAACGUAUUUCAUUUUGAAAUUGACCCCUACAAAAAAUGAAGCUAGGCUUGAAUGCAUUAUAUAUUCUGACUUGACAAUUACUUUAAUUAAUAUUCACAAUAUCAAAACAUCUCUAGCCUCAGUAGUUGUAAAGAAAUAUUAUAUGAAAUAUGGAAAAAGUGUUGGAACCUUUGACACCAUUAAAAACACUGAGAUGUCGACCCAUUUCACUUUACGCUGGUAAAAUAACACUUAAAAAAAUCUGAACUAUCUUUUCAAGCAUUGCAACGUUAGUUACAUGAUGAAAAAGAGAUUUCAUAAAAACAAAUAAUGACAAAAUCACCACUUUUAACGGAACCAUAAGCCUAUUCAAAGUCCACAUACUUAACUGAACAGGAACGCAAAACAAUUUAAUUAUCAUAAACGAUUUUUUGAAGCAAUAAAAUCUUCAUUAAAGCCUCAAAUAAAAAAGCCAAAUAUCGGGCUGAGUAGAAUUCACCGUAAAAACGGCCCUUUAUUUACGCAAAAAAAAAAAAAAAAAAACAGCAAAUUCAUCACAAUUACUUAACUGAAGGAAGAAAAACACUCUAUAAGCAUCGAAAUAUUUUUAGAACCCAUAAAAGCUUACUAUACAAGCCAAAUAAAAUAGUUCAGAAAAAUAGAGAAAAUAUUGGAACCUACAAUCAGGCACACGUCCCAAUCCAUCAUGGCGGCCCUCGGCGGCGACUUGAGUAGGGGAGCCGGCCGCUUUGUUACCUCAAUUAUUCCUUCAGGAUACCAAAACCAGGAUACAAAUGAACUCUCAUGAGGAGCGAAGGCGUCGCAUGGAAGAAACCGUUACACAGGGAGGUUAGAAGAACACGUCACCUGAAAGUUUAGCUACGAAGCCAUGCCGGGGUCAGCAUAUGAGUGUUCUGGAUAGUGCUUCCGUCUGCCAGAGUCCAUGACCUGUGGCAUUCAAAUCACUGCUCAGCUUCAACAGUGGCAUUAUCAGUGGCCACAAAAGGUAACCUUUGAAAAGCAGCUUGGUGUAGAUUUUUUAUGUAUAUGUUGUAUUUACUUGGGCAAUUUGAUAAUUUUUCAUGAAGUAUUUGUUUUCUGUGUAAUGAAUGUAGGGAGUAAAAGAUGAAAGUUGCAUGUGCUUGGAAGACGAGGGGUUUUAAAUUAUAUCAUUUAGCACAUAGGACCAACAACAUGAUGCUGAAGACUGAAAUCCAAGCUGCACGGAUCUCUGGCAACAGGAGGCAACAUAGUUUUUCUGCAGAUUAUUGGUUGACUUUAAUGUAAAAAUAAAGCCAAGAGCAGAACACUCAGAUACUGAGGCAACAUCGAUAAACAAGAGAAGCCGGGACAAGUCCCAGCCGGGCUGGAUGUCACAACAAUAGGCUACAGUAAAUCUUAUAGGUAAUUACUACUGUAAUGAUGGAUAAGCACCUUAUCCUGUGAAAUAAUGCCAUGUUAGUGUGGAAAAAAAACUAAUACUCAAUUUUUUGUAACAAAUUUUGGUAAUAUCCUUCCAUCAUGAUAGCCAUGAUGUUUCAAUCAUCCAUCCCGGCUAAGAAAGUUUGAGACGAAGAUUGGCAUCGAGCACCGCCUGGGAUCACAACCGAGGACAAACUGUCCUUGUGGGGUGUGGCAGCUUACCAGCAUGAGGUUACCUGCCAUAAGCACCUCCACAUUAAACAUUUUUUCUUAUUUCCACUGCACCUGUGAAGAGAGCUGAACAUAUGUUCAUUGUGUCACCUACUCCUUUGGAUGCCAGAUCAAUAAUUGUAUAUGAAAGCCAAGUUUUGGAGGGCAUUAAUUACCUUUCUCUCUCUCUCUCUCUCUCUCUCUCUCUCUCUCUUUUUUUUUUUAUAUAAGAAUUGGUCAAGAGAUUUACUCUAUCAGAGCCUCAACCAAAAAAAACCCACACUUUUCAGUCUUCCUUGUCCCCAUUCACACCACCACCACCACCAUCACUCUGAUGAACAUUUUUGAGAAGUAUCUUGCAACAGCAGUCUUAAAAAUGUACAAAUAAUUAAAUGUAUGUAUAAACAUUUUCUUUAGUGGGCUGUGAAUAAAAUUCUCUAUUUUUUGCAA